AUGAAACAACGGCUGGCCAUUGGCGCGGCCCUGCUCGGCAGGCCCAAAGUGCUGGUACUGGAUGAACCGACGAACGGGCUUGAUCCCGCCGGUAUUGCAGAGAUCCGUGACCUGAUCCGUAACCUGAAUAAAGAAGGCAUCACGGUGAUCAUGGCCAGUCACCUGCUGGAUGAAGUGGAGAAAGUAUGUACCCAUGUGGCUAUUCUCAAGCGGGGUGAUCUGCUGAUCACCGGCUCGGUUAAUGAAGUGAUGCGUUCGGAAGAUCAGAUCGAAGUAAAGUCGGCCGAUAUGAUUGCCCUUAAACACGUUUUGCAGCAGAUGCCCGGCAUUCUGCGUGUCACAGACAACGAUGGUUACCUGCAACUGGCUUUCGACGGGGCGGCGAUACAGCCGGCCGGUAUCAAUGAAUACUGUGCUGAUAGAGGCAUUGUGUUGUCGCACCUGUUGCUUAAAAAGAAAAGCCUGGAAAGUAAGUUUAUCGAGCUUACCCACGACGGCACUGUUUCCUGA